CCAGAAUGACCCACUAGUGAAACCACGGCAGCCACCAACUAAACCGCUCCCUCAGGGCAGGUUGGUGGCUGGGCGGAGGUCUCGGGAGCGGCCAGGUCAGACCAGCAUGGAGCUCAACUUCGUCACCCAGCGCGUGAUGGCGCUCUGCUUUCCACCGGGCGUUGAUGCUGCCACCUACCGGGAAAAUCUACGGGAAGUGGCGCAGAUGCUGCAGACCAAGCACGGCGACAGCUACAUGAUCUUCAACCUGUCGGAGCGCCGUCCGGAGCUGUCGGAGCUGCACCGCCAGGUGGCCGAGUACGGCUGGCCCGAGACGCUGGCGCCGCCGCUCGACAAGCUCUGCAGCAUCUGCAAGGCCAUCGACAGCUGGACGGCUGCCCAGCCGCACAACGUGGCGGUGCUGCACUCUCGCGGCGACAGCGGCGACAGAGGCGGCUGGGACCGGAUUGGCGUGGUCGUCAGCGCGUACAUCCACUACUCCAACAUCUGCCGCAGUCCGGAGCAGGCGCUCGACAGGUUCGCCAUGAAGAAGUUCUUUGACGACAAGAUCCGACACCUGGACCAUCCGAGCCAGAAACGGUACGUCAACUACUUCGCCGGCCUGCUGUCGGGCCUGAUCCAGAUCAACAGUAGCCCCCUGGGUCUGCACCACCUGGUGCUGGUGGGCUCGCCGCAGCUGCGGCCCGCCGGCGGCUGUCGCAUCUUCGUCCGCGUCUACCAGGGCAUGGUGCCGGUCUGGACGUCCGCCGUCUACAGCGUCGACGACCGCGCCAAGUACACCGUCAUCAGUCCGGAGAUGGUGCUCCAACUGCGGGGAGACAUCCUCAUCAAGUGCUACCACUGCGAGUCGGCCACCACGCGCCAGGUCGUGUUCCGCGUGCAGUUCCACACGUGCGCCGUCUCUGACCCGGUGCUCAGCUUCCCGCGGCAAGACCUGGACGACGCCUGCGACGACAUGCGCUUCCCGAUGGACGGCGGCGUCGAGCUGCACUUCUCGGCGUCGAGCCUGGGCCAGGACCAGGCGGCGGCGCCGCUCCGCGUCGACCGCGCGCCCGACCCCGUCCAACGCUGGAACAGCUACGAGGCCUUCUACGCCGGCGGCGCCGACCAGACAGGUGCGCUCCCUCAGGGCAGGUUGGUGGCUGGGCGGAGGUCUCGGGAGCGGCCAGGUCAGACCAGCAUGGAGCUCAACUUCGUCACCCAGCGCGUGAUGGCGCUCUGCUUUCCACCGGGCGUUGAUGCUGCCACCUACCGGGAAAAUCUACGGGAAGUGGCGCAGAUGCUGCAGACCAAGCACGGCGACAGCUACAUGAUCUUCAACCUGUCGGAGCGCCGUCCGGAGCUGUCGGAGCUGCACCGCCAGGUGGCCGAGUACGGCUGGCCCGAGACGCUGGCGCCGCCGCUCGACAAGCUCUGCAGCAUCUGCAAGGCCAUCGACAGCUGGACGGCUGCCCAGCCGCACAACGUGGCGGUGCUGCACUCUCGCGGCGACAGCGGCGACAGGUGUCUUCGGCACUGA